ACUCUAGAGAACCCACAUUGAUCCAGCCAGAGAUGGAAUCCAUUCUUCUAGAGAAGAUAGGAUUAUUCUCCAACAAGAUCUCUAAAGACGAUCUGAAAGCAGGAGAUCACAUCUACUCAUGGCGUAACGCUUAUAUCUAUUCCCAUCACGGGAUCUACAUAGGAGACGGAAAGGUCAUUCAUUUCACUCGCGGAGGCGGUCUUGAAAUCGGAACGGGAACUUUUCUAGACAAGCUCAUUGUCAGCUCUAUUACCAAUCACGGAGGAGACAACCCUUGUCCUAACUGUGGAGGAAAGCAUUCCAACACGCAUGGAGUUAUCUCUUCUUGUCUCGAUUGCUUUCUCGCCGGAGGAGAUCUCCUUCGCUUCGAGUACAGUGUCUCUCCGGCUCUGUUCAUGUCCAAGCUUAGAGGCGGUACCUGCACGACGGCGGCUUCGGAUCCUUCGGAGGAAGUGAUCUCUCGCGCGGAGUUUCUUUUGCUGAGAAACGGGUUUGGUGAGUACCAUGUGUUCGAGAAUAAUUGUGAGGAUUUCGCGAUGUAUUGUAAGACGGGUUUGGUGGUGGGGAGAAGCUAUGUGCUUGGGAGAAGCGGUCAGGUUAACUCGGUGAGUGCGGCUGCGUGCGUGGCGCGUAUGGUUAGUCCUUGGGCUAGUAAUGCUAUACGUCUCUGUUCGGAUGUUGGUAUGCGUAAGGAUGCUGUUAAAGUGCCUGUGGAGAGCCUCGUUGCUCGGUCGGCAAAGGAAAGCUGAGUUUGGUUUUGAUUUUGAUUUGUGUGCAAUUGUUUAUUUUAUUCUUGGUUGAUGCAAAUAUUGAAUCUGCUUCUAUAAUCGUGUAACUCUAAUCAUAUGGUGUGUGUGUGAAUACAGUUUGAUUGAAGUCUUCCUUGUUAGUUUUGUGUAAAAAACUUAAACGCGUAAAGCAAGAGAUGUGGUUGAUUCUUUAGUUGUUAUAACCACACAAGAAAGAUUCGG